AUGCAGCUGGAUAAUGUCUACGACAUCACCGUGGUGGAAGGCCCGGACAGCGGCAAGGCCAAUGUGUUGACCUUGGCGCAAGGGAUUCCAGCGGAGUUUCACGUCUUCAUAGAGAAGAUAGCUCCCAACGACAUCCCCAAGGAUGAGGAUACCUUCACGAGCUGGCUCAUGGGCCGAUGGCAAGCCAAAGAUGCAAGGAUCGCCAGGUACCAAAAAGACCAGCAGUUUAUGGAUGCGACCGGUGCACCAGCCCAGAGGCAUCUGCUGUCUGUGGACCCUAGAUGUGCGCAGACGACUUACUGUGCGAUGCUAUGGUGGCUGCUGAGCAGCCUCUUUUUCUUUCAGCACUGCGUAAGAUAUGGGCGUUAUCGCCUACUGCUUGGCACGGGCUUGGGUACGCUGCUCCUCGUGGCGCUGAUUGGUGUGGUCAUCCAACGGGCGCUGACCUCGGCCCAAAGUCGGAACCCGAACACCAAAGUCAUGAGGAUUAGGCGGAGAUGGAAGGUGUUCUACAUUGAGAUUGGCCUCGGGUUUGGCGCCAUGACCGCCUCACCGGAUCAAGGGGUCUUCUCCUCUCGAGCUGCUGUGGCGGCACAGAGCAGAGAGGACCUGCUGCGGCUCACGUAUACCACCACCACCGGCUCCAGCUAUCUUGGGAAGCAAUUCGAGCGUGGCGAACGGCCGGAGAGCUUCCAAGAGAUCUUCGAAGUGGGUCAACGACGGACGAAGUAUCUGGGUGUACCACUGCGCUUGGCGCCGCUGCUGGAUCGCUCUUCCUGCAACUACACCAUGGACUUUGCCAAGAAACCACUUGGUGAUCAUCUUCAAAAUAGCCACAUGGCCAAGCACUUCAAAGCUGGCACAAAGCCUCAGAACGGCCUGCCGAAUCUGCCAACGGCCAAAAGCACCUACAGCGAAGAGAUUUGCCUCCCGUUGACAGAGGAGGAGAGGCUCAGAGCCCGCAUGCAACCUUCUGGGAAGCUUUCCACAACUCUCGGCCCAGAUGGGGCCAGGUCAAUCUACACCCUCUCCCUGACGCACGAGACCUAUCAAGCCCAUCCAAUGAUCGGCCAUUCCUCUUCAGACAACCGCCCCAGGGAUUGCCUACAGAGAGUUCAGACGGCACCAGCUCCAAUGAAGUCAUUGUAUCACACAGACUAUGUGGCUCACACUACCCGAAGAGAGGUGCUUCGCAAAAAGGGUUGGACCUAG